CUUUGGAGGUAGGACUUCCGCCGGAAGGGCGGACGGCCUCCGCGCUCCGACUCAACUUCCAGCUGGUGUUCGUCCUGCUGGGCUGGCGCGGCCGCGGGGCUCCCGCGGAGAUGGCCUGCGCAGCCGCACGGUCCCCGGCCGACCAGGACAGGUUUAUUUGUAUUUACCCCGCUUAUUUAAAUAACAAGAAGACCAUAGCUGAGGGGAGGCGGAUUCCCAUAAGUAAGGCUGUGGAAAACCCCACUGCUACUGAGAUUCAGGAUGUGUGCUCAGCAGUUGGACUGAAUGCAUUUCUGGAGAAAAACAAAAUGUACUCCAGAGAAUGGAAUCGUGAUGUCCAGUACAGAGGCAGGGUCCGCGUACAGCUCAAACAGGAAGAUGGCAGCCUCUGUCUCGUACAGUUCCCAUCACGUAAAGCCGUGAUGCUCUAUGUAGCAGAAAUGAUCCCCAAACUAAAAACAAGGACACAAAAAACAGGAGGUGCUGACCCAAGUCUUCAGCAAGGAGAGGGGAGUAAAAAGGGGAAAGGAAAGAAGAAGAAAUGAUGUGGCGUGAGCGGGACGCACAGUCCUACUGUGAGGCGCAUGGGCAUCCUUGUGUGUGAGGGAACAACAGCUUUUGUUUGUGUCAUUUCACUGAACUGUGAACAAGUGUGUCUCCCGUCUUCAUCAACAGUUAACAGUGAAAUCGGUCUACACCAGAAGUUUGCAUCUAGCUUUUAUACUGUACAAAGGAAAGAUUGUGUGUGUGGAAGAGAAUAUUUUUAAGAUAAUGGCUGUCCCAUAAGUUACUUGAAAUCCUGUAUCUGUUUGUCUUAUAUGUAAACAUAUUUCAGUUAAAUAAGUUUAAUAAAAUUGAAAUACACAUUUUGUUCACCUUUUAAGUUAAUGAAAUAAAAACUUUAAGCUGA